AUGACGGAACAGGCACAAACCAGCUUCUCUGCAGGGUCCCCUGUUUCAGCUUUGGCCUCACUCUCUCGCAACGCUAAUGCAAAAAUUGUCACAGCUCGCAAGGUCACCCAUGCUAAAGCGCCCGUUGUCACACACUUCCGCACGCAUUCCAAGUCUGGCUCCGUCGAGCUUCGCAAGCAGUCCCCCUCAGCUCAAGAGGUGGCUGCAGGAGUUGGCGGGUCCCCACGCAUCUUGCCUUCGCCUGUCCCUCCUCCUUCCUCUGCUUUACCACCUACACCUGCUUCUCCUUCGGCCCGCGUGUCUUUGAGAGGCAGUGCCAGCUCUUUCGCCACCUCUACCACAUCCACUGCUGCUGUUUCUGCACCUAGCAUUCUCGCCAAAAGCAUUCGCAAGACCUUCCGACACCUCAGCGCCGGUCUUACACCAGAAGAGCACAACGAGCUGGUGCAGAAAAUUCUCACCGACUUGAGGCCAGCCAGUCAUCCGAGGGCGGGAAAACCUUUCUCCUGCGCUUCCAGGUCGAGCAGUAUCACAGUAGCAUCUCCCUCUCAGCCUAAGCCCAAGGCGGCGAGUGCAAAGAUGGUUCUCAGCAAAAGCGAUGGGCCGCAAGAAGUAGGAAACACAGCAGGAAAGAGAUUGAGUGUAAGCAGUGCGGUUAGUAGCGAAAUGACGAAUAGCGGGGAUGAGAAGAAGGGUGGGUCUGAUUCGGCUACUCCCCAACUCAGUCAGAGUAGGACUCCAACGUCUACGACCCCUGCUAGCCAAAUUGUCACCUCCGCUGACAAUGGCCAGACUCAGACACCGGGCGCAGGAGAGAAGGACGUCUUGACCCCAACAGCAGCAUUGGAGAGUCUGCGUGUGCUGGAGCAGAGCUUCAGCCGUUCCAACCCUAACUCUCCUCUCCAGACUGACUUCACCAGCGAUUCGAAGGUGUCCCAAACCACCACUGCUGUUGCUUCCCUUACCGAGUCCGAAACAGCAGCAAAUGGCACAGCUUCUCCGCCCAAGGUCAAGCGCAACAGCUCCUCUCGCGAAUCCGUGCCUACUCUUGAUCAGCUUGGUUCGUCUAAGAAGGGUCCCGGUAUAGACUCGAACGGCGGUAGUGGGAGUGCUGCUUCGUCUGAGCGUGCUUCUUCGUCUGAGCGUGCUUCUUCGCCCCCAAGCGUAACCACCAAGACGCCCAGUUGGAUUUCACCGCUCACCACGCUGGAAGCUAUUCGCGUGCUUGCUUUCCAGCAAGCCAACGGAGAACAGCCUCUGUCGCCAACAGUGCCAGAAGCAGCCGCAGUCACUGCAAGCGAUGCCGCUUCUUCAGACGAAGUCAGUGCACUGCGAUACGCGCUAAACUUCACCCUCGCUAGAGCGGACAAGUUGGCUGAAGCACUCAACAAAGCCAACGAAGAUAAGAUAAAGGUCGAGACCGAGCUUGAGAUCUUGCGCCGCAACGUGCUGUCCAUGUUGGGUAGUAAGAGUAUGUUUUCGACUGCCACGCCGACGCAGCCGCAGCACCAGGGAGGUGAUAUCUUGGAGGAAGAAGAUAGCAAACUAUUCGAAGACGCCAUGGCUCGACAUACUCCGGCUGCUACCGAACGUGCCCUUCCUGCCGCUGUCUCACGACCUCCUCGUGCAACACGCACCACCAAACCCGCCGCCCCAUCCGCGAAGCCAGCGGAAGGAGUCAGCAUCGCCUCUCUCCGCAAGAAAAACCCUUCCAUCAACACCACCUCCGCUGACUCCUCCGCCCAGCACUAUGCCCCUCCCACUCGCAAAGCCAGCACCACCACCACCGACGAAGCAUAUGAGGCAGAGCAAGACGAAGAAGACGAAGACGAAUUUGACAUGUACCCCUUCGGUGCACCUGUUCGUAAACCUUUGCCCGAAGUAUCCAUAUCUGACUUCCUCAACGCUUCUCGUAUGUCCAAGACUGAGAUUGACGAACACGAUGCUCGGCGCGAGCUGGACAGGGAAGAGGAUGGACCUGGAUAUGCUGGCUCUAGCACUUCUUCCCAUGUUCCGUUGGCCGCGAGCUACUCGAUGAGGUCUCUCGAUUCCAACAAGAGGGGCUUCUUCAAGGGGAUCACGAAGUUGGUCGAUCAAGAGAGGGCAAAGAAAUUGUCAAAGAGACAGAGUUUGGUAUCGAAACCAAGUAUGAGCUCUUUGAUCACACCAGGUAUCGCUACGGUGAUGAGCAGGUCUGCGUCCACGAACAACAUGCAGGGAAGCGGAGGAUUUACUAUGGCGUAUGAGGAGGAGAGCAUUAUUCCAGCUUAUCCCGGGACGGAGGGGAGGAAACAUAAGGCGCUGUCAAUUAGCAGCUCGUUGAGGGAGAGUUUGGAGAGGCAGAGUCUGAAGGAGGCGGGCAUUAGGGGGGGUGCUCAAAAUGGGAAGAAGUCUUGGGUUAAGAAGGGUGGAGAGGCUUUUGCCGUUCCCCUGAUUUAG